CGGUGAUCGUUGUGCGCGCGCCAACACCGUCACGCUGAGCAACGAGUAGAACGAUAACUAAAACGGAACUGACAGACCUGAACCACGGUCAGAAGUUUUUUUUACGCAGUAAAACUACAAACUUAGUUUAUUUACAUGUUUUCUAAUUAUAUUUUGUUAAUCUGUUUGACCGUCAAGUUUCGUUAGCCUACGCUUUCGUUAGUGUGCGGAUGAGGUAGCUAAGCUAACAGGUUCGAUUUCAAGCUAGCACAGGCGAAAACAACUUAUUUGGCUUGAGGGCAGAAAACCAAAGCAAACAUGCAGGACUUGUUGGCCACCGUGGAUCACAUCAAGUUCGAUCUGGAACUAGCUAUGGAGCAGCAGCUGGGAGCGCAGCCUCUGCCUUUCCCCGGCAUGGACAAGUCAGGGUCAGCUGUGUGUGAGUACUUCACCAGAGGAACCUGCAUGAAAGGUGGGAUGUGUCCGUUCCGUCACAUCAGCGGAGAGAAGACGGUGGUGUGUAAACACUGGCUCAGAGGACUGUGUAAGAAAGGAGACCAGUGCGAGUUUCUCCAUGAGUAUGACAUGACAAAGAUGCCUGAAUGCUACUUCUACUCAAAGUUUGGUGAGUGUAGCAAUAAGGAAUGUCCCUUCCUGCACAUUGAUCCAGAGUCUAAGAUCAAAGACUGUCCAUGGUACGACCGAGGCUUCUGUAAACACGGGCCUGACUGCAGACACAGACACACAAGAAGGGUGAUCUGUGUGAACUACCUGGUGGGUUUCUGUCCAGAAGGAAAGUCCUGUAAAUUUAUGCACCCCCGGUUUGAGCUGCCUAUGGGAACUUCUGAACAGCCUCCUCUUCAACAGCAACUUCAGAACCAGACAAAGCCGGUUCCGACUAUCGGCCGAUCAUCACACAACUACAUCCAGCUGACCAGUCCGAUCCAGAGGAUUCAGAACAACACAACUGUUCCCAUUCAGCAGAACAACCUGAUGACCAACCGGGGGCCUCGUCCUCUGGACCAGGUCACCUGCUACAAGUGCGGCGAAAAGGGCCACUACGCCAACAAAUGCACAAAAGGUCAUCUUGCCUUCCUGAGUGGACAGUAACCUUCAGGUUCAACACCAGUCCAGCAGCUGGCUGCAGCAGCUGAAGACGGAAAAUCUCUGGGCUCCAGGAUUUGGGAUGGAACACAGAAGACUUCCAGACUCCCACACGGAUGUCCUCAGCCUCACACAGCAGGUGGUGGGGGGGGGAAAAAAACAUUCUCUGCCUCCUAAAAACUGAACGUGUGAAAAUGAACUGAAAGGCUUCGUGGUGCCGGAGAUCAAAGAGCUGAUGUUUGGAGGUUCAAGAGAAGAUGGAGAGGGUGUUGGUCCACCACUUCCUGGUUCCUCAGGUCAUGUGACUGCAUUCUACAAGUCCUACUGUUCCUCAUGUUCUAAUGAAUCUGUAAAUUAAUGUGAUGAAUGUUAGUAUGGACUUAGGUUUGUACUCAGCUGAUCACCCAUCAACAAACGUCUCCAGGGCCGAUUUCAAUCUGCUUAUUAGCAGCUGGUAGUGGAGCCACUUUGUUGUGUUUUCUCUGGAAUUACGUUGUUUCUGUACCAAUAAAUAACAGAUUUACACCAGA